GAUGGCACUUGUGGCAGAACCGCUCGUUAUGAGGGAACUCCCAUGCAAGGUGGAAGAUGAAGCAGUUGAGUGCUUGGGAGACCGCUAUGUGCACAUGGAGACCAUUGCUGAAGGCAAUUAUGGCCAGGUCGCAAAGAUGAAAGACAAGGUCACUGGUAAGGUAGUGGCAGUGAAGACUUCAUCUCUUCACACAGAGGAGGGCCUGAGCAGCUACUCUCUGCGAGAGAUCUCUGCCCUCACGGCAUGCAGGCAUCCAAACGUUGUGCAACUGCACGACGUUCUUGCUCUUCCGAACAGUGUACACCUCGUUCUCGAGCUGAUGCCUUGCAACUUGAUGGAGUACAUGAGGAAGGAGCUGAAAGGACCUUUCGAGUACCUGAAGCCUGCGUUUCUUCAAAUUCUUAAAGGAGUGGUCCAUUGCCACCGUCAAGGCUACAUGCAUCGGGACCUGAAGCCUCAGAAUAUUCUGGUGGACGCGAACUGCAAUUUGAAGAUCACGGAUUUCGGUUUGGCACGGCGUUUUCAGCCCUUGCAUCCAGGGCGUGGGCCAAUCACCAAGUAUGUUGUGACUCUGUGGUAUCGCGCACCAGAGUUGAUCCUGAUGCACAGAACGCAGUGCAUGUAUGGCCAAGGUGUCGAUAUUUGGUCCUUGGGCUGCAUCCUGGCAGAGAUGGCCACAAACUCCGUACUUUUCAGAGGCGACUCAGAGAUCGAUACGCUCUUCAGAAUCUUUCAGCUGAAGGGCACGCCAACUGUCGAGACUUGGCCUAUCAUCGAGCAGCUGGGCUAUUUCUCUAAGAACUGGCCACGUUGGAAGGACACCCAUUUCGAGACGGUUCUGGAAAAGUGUCGAUACACUCAUGAGUAUCUGAAAGAGAUGCUAUCCGACAUGCUACAGUUUGUGCCGGAGCAGAGAUGGUCUGCUCAUGCUUUGCUCGCACAUCGGUUUCUCCGAGAGCAAGGUGCCACUGACAGAGCCACUGAAGCCUGAGACACUAGCCCAUACCAGCAUCUCAGGGAUGCCGACAGCUUUCGACG